AUGCUGAAGCUCAGAAGCAGCCAAUGGUUUUGUAGAAGUAUACUGAGAAGCACGCGACCUACGCAAUGCUUAUAUCCAGUUACCGCGCUGAGAAGCCAUUUCUCUGGGAGUAUGAACAUUCGGUAUAAAUAUGGCGGUGUGCGAUGGAAUUCCAAUGAGCGAACGAAAAAUACUGAUGCAGCAAAGCAGACCAAACCAAACCCUUACAAAUUCAUUACCGAACGUGAUCGUCUUUUAGUGCAGGCAACAAGUAUUUUAGAAAAGCUCAAGAUAAAUCUAAAAUGGACACUCACGCGAUCAAUGAAACCGUUCAGCACCGACGACAUUAGCGCAUUUGUCUCCUGGGUUCUCGUGAGCAACGUGCUGCUGAUCAUUUUGGGUACAACAACUUUUGCAUCCUUAGUCAUAUAUCUCAUCAACACGGUUUUUGCUCAAGAAUAUGUUGCGACACAUGUUGGUAACUUUCUCACCAAAAAUAGCCCUCUUUCCAUUGUGUUUGAAAACGCUAUUGUACCUGACUGGUCUUCAGGGAAGAUAUGUUUUAACAAGGUCUUUGUGUCAAGGAGGCCCAAAAUUUCACACAGCUUUACCAAGGGUUCUCAAGAAGAGGCGGUGGAAAGGGCAAAGCUCGCCCUAAGUGAGAGAAUCCUCGUCAGUAGAGAGGAUUUUGAUGAUGGCAACUACACCCAAUUCGAUCUUACAAUGGAUCAAGUUGAAAUUUCUCUAAGUUUUAGCAGGUGGAUUAACGGUAAGGGCAUUCUGGAUGAGGUAACCAUCAAUGGACUACGUGGGGUUGUUGACAGGACUCAUGUUCUGUGGAAGAAGAACGAUGACCCACGUAAUUAUUUGAAUGUUCAUCAGCCUGGCGAUUUCGAGAUAACCAGUUUCAAGAUGAACGAUGUUCUCUUUACACUAUAUCAACCGAACGGGUUCAGGCCUUUCCAAGUGAGUAUAUUCAAUUGCGAACUACCACAAUUAAGGAAACAUUGGCUUUUCUUUGACUUCUUAAACGCUAAUAGUAUAAGUGGUACCUAUGAUAACUCAAUGUUUUCCAUACACAAGAAAUACAAGGUUGACGAAUCACAGGACUCGUCCGCAUGGAAAAAAGUCACCCGAAUGCGGGUUGACAAUUUGAAUGUGGAUCAUUUGAAUGCUGGUGUGCAAGGUCCCCUUGGGUGGAUUACUGAAGGACAGGUCGACAUGGUUGGUGAUAUAUUACUCCCGGACAAAGAUCCAAACCCCUCUCAACUUCAAGAAAUCAUCUCUGUCAUCGGUGUCCGAUUAUUGAAAGAAGCACAACGUCAUUCAUUUAUCUUAUUGCCAGAGCCAUUUCAACUUCCGGAGCAAAAAGAUAUCGAUCCUCAACAGUAUUUCAUCAUGGACUUCUUUCUAAAGCUUCAUAACGUCAAAGCAGAAGUACCACUAUUCACCAAUGAGCUGAGCUACAUAAAUAGUGCCCUUAUAAGACCAACUGUUGGUUAUAUCAAUUCCAGGAGAACCUACAUUCCGAUCAAAUGUCGUGUGGUCAAAAAUAUCUCCGAUUUUGAAGGGUCGUGGACUAUUUACGAUUGUCUUUUAAUGGAAGAUCUGAGCGCAGAAGUUUACGAUGCUUUCGCAAAAUAUGUUGCUGAUGAUAACAGGAAGAGUCUACGAAUGAAGCGCGUGGGAUUUUGGUCACUUCAAAUAUUGAUACAAUUGAUUCUUGUCAGCCUAGGAUCUAUAGCAUAG